GUAGAGUGGGUGGUGGGUGUCCGUGGUCCGUGGUUCAGUGUAGCUGUGGUGUCCGUGGUGGUGGGUUGUGUCUAACUCUGUCUUAACAUCUUCCUCACGUGUCUAUAUACAUUCAAUAUUUACUUACAUAUAGUUAUCCUGUGAUUUUAGACCUUAUUGAUUCUGGUCCAGGAAGUGACCGGUUGUUAGUGUUGAGAAACUGACAGUUCCCGGGGCACUGUGUUGAAAUUAUCACAAAAACUGAUGCAUUUCGUAAGAAAAUGGAAUUACGUGGCAUUGGUUAUUGUUGACAAAUUAAUGGAAAACUUUCUAACAUAACGAUGAACUGGAAUAAGUGGUGAUUUGCGUGUUUAAUUGCGUGUUUAGGGGGAAUUUAAUGUGUCUGUGAGAGAGUCAGUGGCGUAACACUUGUUAAUAUAGUGUAAUUCAAUGUUAUUCAAUUAAAACACCUGACUACCACACCAGAGAAGUGUAGCUAUACAGUGUUACCAGACUCAGGAAUAUUGGUGUAUUACCCUCGUCUGGAUGAAUAAUUAGUUUUGUGGCGGGUUGUUUUGAGAGUUGUAACUCUAUCUGUGGGUUAUAUACCACUUGUAUUAUGUUUGAUCUCAAGGGGAGCUGGAACGAGUUAAGAUGGCGUUGUUUAAGGUGUCUGAGGCAGGCCAAGAUGCCUUCCUAGUGGGUUUCAGAAGGUGUUGGAACCUGUGUGUUGCGUAGUUGUUACAUAGAAGAUAUGCCUGUUACGAAUGUUGGAGCUACAGCCACUACCACGUGGUACAGCGCCCCACCCAGUCAUCCUCCAGCCUCACCUCGCAUCUCCCAUCCGGCUAAAGUCUCAUCUCCCACACAUACGCAGCAUCCACCCUCCCAGCAGCCACACCCAACUAAACAUGGAGUGUCACAACAUACCUCUACAGCGUCGCAACACACCUUUGGUGCCUCACAUCCCAGGCACACGUUACAACACACAGAUGCGUCACAGGCAGCAUUACAACACGCUAGUGCAUCGCAGGCAGCAUCACAACACGCUAGUGCAUCGCAGGCAGCAUCACAACACACUACUGCAUCGCAGACAGCAUCACAACACACAAAGGCGUCACAGACAGCAUCACAACACACACAUGCGUCACACCCCAGGCAUGCGCCACACCCACACACACAUACCCCAGCUUCACGAGCACCCAGCUCACCUACGCUGGUACUCCCCCUCAAGCUAACGACUUCGAGUCCCCAAUCUUCAUCUCCGAAGCGAACAGUACCUCACUCCUCGAAGAUCACUUCACCAACACGACUCAGGAACACAGACAAACUUCCUUCGAUCUCCAAGGCCCCAUCUACCUCUGUAGUCGAAGUCAACAAUGCCUCUAGUUCGAUGAGAAACUCUUCAGGGAUGAAAGCUAAAUUAAGAGACGGAAAAUUAACCAAAGAAAAGACUAGGGAAAACAAGGAUAGCGGAGAUGCAGGUUCGGGGAAACAUCGGGAAGUUACCAAGAAGCUGGAUGCCAAGAUGGAAGCCAAAUCCAUUCCAAAGAGGAAGAAGUCUGAAAGAAGUAACUCAGAGACAGAGAUCAAACCAAAGAGGAUGGUAGUGAAGGAGCAGCCCCACAGCAUCACCAGGGUUGAUGACUCACAGCACAGAACUACUAGGGUUGACCCACAACACAGAGCCACCAGGGUGGACGACCCACAGCACAGACCCAUCACUGCCACAGUAACCAAAGUACGUGCACAAGAUGCCACUUCGAAGGUCACAAAGACCUGGCGUCGUCCAACGACGCUCAAGUUGACGCAACCUCAAACGUCAAAGACGAUAACAGAGAGGGUAAAGAGUGUGGAAAAGCAGCUGAAGGAACUGGACCUGAAAGAAACGACUCAAGAGAGAGUCACUGAGCAAGGGGACCUCCAAGACUUAGUCAGGCGAGAUGACUCUGUGCUGGAGGCUGGAGAUGCUGAGGCAGACGAACGAGAUAAAGAUAAUUUUAAGACAUAUAUAAAGUGUCCAACUGAUACAACUAUGGAGGAUACAGCCAUGAAUAAUGAAGCCAUUGAUUAUACAGCCAUGGAUGAUACAGUCAUGGAUGAUACAGCCAUGGAUGAUGCAGCCAUGGAUGAUACAGUCAUGGGUGAUACAGUCAUGGGUGAUACAGCCAUAUCCAGGAGCAUGAACCAGGGAUGGGACGAAGAUUUAUAUCACGACUCAUCUGUGGAUGAUACCCUAUUGGUAGGACUUACUCAUGUGAUGAGUGCCAGGGUGGAUGAGGACGAUAACAGGAUGAGUGAGAGCUCCAUUCAGGAUGAUGAAUGUGACAUAGACAGUUCUUACCUAUUUGUAGUUGCUGGGGUCGAUUCACAGCUCCUGGUCCCAUCUGGUGGAAAUGAUGAGUCUGUGAUGAAUUACAUUCAUGGUGAUGAAUCUGGCAGUGUUAUGAAGGAUGUUUCUGUAGGGGAUGAUAGCCCUGGCAUGGAUGAUUGUGCUAUGGAUGAUAGCCAGGACGUGAAAGAUGACUUUAAGAAUGAUGACAGCCAAGUUAUCAAGGAUGACAGCCGUGUCGUGAUGACUCGCCAGACUCUAGAUAUCAGCCAUCCCAUGAAUGAUAGCUACACUGACAGCAGUAAUAUUAUACACGAAGCUAGCACGGAUGACAGCCACACCAUGGAUGACAGCCAGAGCUGUAAAGGCAACUCAACUUUAGAUAACAUUCCCAACAUCAGUGUUGAUCUGACAGCUCCUGAACCAUAUCUGACAGCUCCUGAACCAUAUCCUGUCCACCUAAAAGAACCAGACGACUUGAAGACAGUACAGAAAAGAACCGAAAAGGCAAUAAUGGGUAAAGAGGAAACAGAAGAGGUAUUGAUGAUAGGAGAAAUAACUAAUACAAAGGUGGAAAGCAAUGAGAGAUGUAAUGGAAAUGGAAAAUCGAAGAUAAAAAGGGAAUUAGAGGUGAAGGAAGCGAUAACUGUGAGAGAGACAUCAAUGUUUGUGGGAAGUGGAACAGACAAGAGGAUGGAAGUAACAGGUGUAAAAGAGAGUAAAAAUAGAGAAGAAGAAAUGGGGAAGAGAGAGAGACGAACCAAGAGGAAGAUGGACACAGAGAGGACAAGAAACGGGUCCAAGAAGACGGCAAGAGUGUACGUAGAGAAAGGUAAAUACUUGUACGUUAUUUCUGUUUAAUGUUACGUAGGUAAC